AGGAAUUGACGUUACGUCGCUCGGUUAUGGCAAGUGACAGAGGCUGAGGAAAACGAGGAGGAACUUUUCCGGCUUGUGGUAACUGGUUUAGAUUUUUUUUUUUUUUAUGCCACAAGUCACAAGCUGGUUAUAUGUCCACUUUGACAGUAAGAAGGCGCCGUUGUUGUCAGAGAGUCUGUGAAGAGAAAGAAAGCCGUGAACGGUGGUCGGUCUGGUCGGUAUCGAAGUAACUGAAAACGGCAGAAGUUUGUUUGUAAAAGUCACCGAACAGAAGAAACUAUGACCAACAGAGAAGACGAAUAUGACUAUCUGUUCAAAGUGGUGCUGAUAGGAGAUUCAGGCGUUGGGAAGAGUAACCUACUGUCCCGCUUCACCCGGAACGAAUUCAACCUGGAGAGCAAGAGCACCAUCGGCGUGGAGUUUGCCACACGCAGCAUCCAGGUAGAAGGCAAGACGGUCAAGGCCCAGAUCUGGGACACGGCGGGACAGGAGCGAUACAGAGCCAUCACUUCUGCGUAUUACCGCGGCGCCGUGGGAGCUCUCCUGGUUUAUGACAUCGCCAAACACCUGACAUAUGAAAACGCUGAGCGCUGGCUGAAGGAGCUGCAGGACCACGCCGACAGCAACAUAGUCAUCAUGCUCGUGGGCAACAAGAGCGAUCUACGUCACCUAAGGGCCGUGCCUACAGACGAGGCCAAGGCCUUUGCAGAGAAACACGGCUUGUCCUUCCUGGAGACGUCAGCAUUAGAUUCAUCCAAUGUGGAGCUGGCUUUCCAGACGAUUCUCACAGCCAUCUACAACAUCGUGUCACAGAGGCAGAUGUCCGGACGCAGCGACUCGGACUUUUCGCCUGCCUCCAACGUAGUGCCCAUUACGGUGGAGCCCACCCAGACCUCAGCCUCUAAGGGGCUCUGCUGCCAGACCAACUGAGACCUUUAGCCACCGACCGUCUUCCUCCUUCACCUCCAGGGCUUUUGGAGAAAACAGCCAGAUAGACAAAGAGAGACAGACAGGUGGGCAGGAAGAGACAAAAAACAAAACAGGAAACAGGCCAUAAUUUCACAUCAGGGGGAUUUGUCUAUCAUCUGUGUAAGAAAAAGUUCUACAGCUUAAAGGAAGGAUAGUCAGGAAGUUCAGGGAACAAACCAGAGGGUGUGGUGAUGAGAAGAAAAGCAGCAAUAAAGCAUUAAGUUUCAGCCGGUAAAUACUCAAGAGCUACAUGAUCAGAAUCAAUUAACAACUGAAACAUUGAACACAUGAUCAGAUAUUUUGUGUGUCAUUGCGGCAUGUGCCUUUACAAACUGUCCUUCCAUUCAAAGCAUCUGUUUUUACAAGCCUAUAAAUGCUUUCCAUCAGUUUCCUGCUGCCAGGAUAGAAGGCAGUAAAAAAAUCACAUCCAGACCAGGCUGGAACCCUUUUCUCAGCAAUGUCAUUCCUGUUUUUACCCCAAUAUUAAGUAUUUAGAAACAGCGUCCUUUACUGAUAUUUAUUGAUCGUUACAUUGAGGUUUUAUUUGAUCAAAGGGUUUGUGUAUUUAACAGUGGGUCUGUUAGAUUUUUCACACUUGGAGAAGGAGCUGUGUUUGAUGCUUUAGGUGAAGUUUGUAAGGGCACUCCACUAAUGGAGGAGCAAGAGCCUUAAGGCAUUUUUCCCUCAAAAUGCACAUGUUGGAAUUUCAGCGUGUGUGAGUCCCUCUGACCACUCACAGCAACAUCAUCCCUCCCUUACAGUGAGGUGUAAUUUCUUUUUUGAUUGCUUUUGAUCUUUGUUUGGAAGGCAUUCCCACUUCGCGCACACUUUGUACUCUACAAAUGAGUCAUGCUCCUGCUAAGCUUUGCACAGUACUAACUCUAAAUGAGACAGGGUAGCUCAGCUUCAUCACUGUUGGGUGGGUUAACUGCAUCGCAUGUCGGAGGGAUAAGUGUGUACUGAUGACCGUUUCAGCCCUGCUUUGAACCUUUGAGCUGUAGUGGAGGGGACAGAACAGGGGAUGGGUGUAAAUGCAUGGGCCGGCCUCUGCUGCUGCUGCUGCUGCUGCCUGGUAUCUGGGAUGGAUGGAUAGAUGGAUAAUGUUUCAGGGGAUGAGGCAGUGAGGGCACUCAGCCCUGCCCUGCUCCUGUGGUCUCUGAUGUGCCCGAGAUGGCUUGUUUUACUGUAAGUGAAAUCCUUCACUGCCUGCUCACCUACUCCUUUUCUGUCUCUCUCUCUUUUACACUGUAUGUAACUGGAACAGGAGCUCGGCCUUGUGGGAUCUCCCUGAGGUGUGCCCUCACUCUCACUUGUCUUUAUUUCCUGUGUGCGUGGGGAGGUGGGGAGGGGUGGGGGUAUUGCAUCCAGGAGCCAGGAUUGGGUUUGUUAGUAUCUAAUAGUCUAAUAGAUGAGGGAAAGGAGAUGGAUGGUAGUGUUAGGAGGGGCUUGAUUAAAUCCAAAGGUUAUGCACACAGACGGUGUUUAUCUGUGGAUGUGUUUCCACAUCAACGCUGACUUCUGUUGAUUUCACAGGUCUUAAACUGGGUGGUGUAAGUUAGGGCUUUUUAAACAUUUAUUCUAAUGUGUAUAUUUGGACUGCUUAUGUAUAAAUAAAUCUCAUUUGUUAUAA